UGCUCACCACCUUUGCAUCAUUUCCUGGCCUGCGCGCAUCUUGGCUGCUGGUGAGCAUACGCUGCCAGUUCUUGGGCCGCGGAACAAGCAUCUGCGCUUCUUCUUGGUGAUAUACCUGCCUACCUUGUAUGUAAUAUAUACUACUACAUCUAUAUCAUAUCAUGGGUUCCCAAGUGCAGGACGAGUUCACAGUGCUGGUCACUGGAUUCCAGCCUUUCCGGGCUGAAUAUCCCGUCAACCCGUCGUGGGAAAUCGCAAAGUCUCUGCCGGAAUACCUCCCGGCGCUGAGGGCAAAGGACCCCAACUCACGAUAUGCCGUCAACACGCCGCCCGUCCGCAUUGUGGUGCAUCCCGAGCCCAUCCGAGUCAGCUACAAGUCGGUCAGAGAGCUGGUGCCGUCCUUUUGGGAGGAGACGUAUGCCGGCCGCAAGAUUGAUCUCGUCAUCCACAUCGGCAUGGCGGGGCCGCGGCCCAUGUAUCAGAUUGAGAGCCGUGGACAUCGCACAGGGUACAAGAGCCUCGACGUCGAUGGCCGGCACCUCGACGCACUGGAGGGCGAGCGAGGCGAGGACUGGAUCUGGCACGGUCUGCCGGAUACGCUGAGGACCGACUUGAACUUGCAAGACAUUUGGGAGCGGUGGCAGCAGCACAGCUCGAUUGAUGCGGAUCUCCGGAUCUCAGAUGACGCUGGUCGCUAUCUCUGCGACUUCAUCUACUACUCAAGUCUGGCAACCUGCUAUAAACAAAACAAGCCGAGGAAAGUCUUGUUUUUCCACGUGCCUGCGGAUCCUGCUCAAGGGAUGCUCAAGCAAGGACAAGAGUUGGCCGUCAAUCUCAUCCGAGCCAUAGUGGAGAGUGAGGUGGCGGCCCGUGAUCAGGACGCGGCGUAGGUAGCACUUAUUUCUGGUUUGGGCAAUUAGUAGUGCUUUCUGACUAUGGUAUAAUGGCGUUGAGGGCUUGUCUUGUUGAAACAGCAAAGAUGAACGCCCUUGGCUGAAUAUGGGCACAAGGAAAGACAAGAGAAGA